UUGAGCCUGAGCAUCCUUCUAGAAAAGCACCACUUAAAGUAAAAAAAAAAAAAAAAAGACUGACUGACUGACUGUGCUGAUCGUUUCACUUUUAACGUAAACCCAGGGACGAAAACUCUCUUUGAAGACAAAGAGUAUAAAGAUGCCUUCAGCAGCGGUUGGCAACAAUGCUGUCCAGUGUGCCAUUCCAGAGCUGGGAAAUGGAAGUCAGUCUGAGACCAUGAAGCAGUUUCUUGGUGUAAUUGACAAAAAGGUCCGGAAUAUGGAAAAGAAAAAGUCCAAACUUGAUGACUAUCAGGCCAGAAAGAAUAAGGGAGAAAGACUGAAUCAGGAUCAGCUGGAAGCCUUGUCAAAGUAUCAAGAAAUCAUCAACAACCUUGAUUUCGCUCGAGAACUGCAGAAGGGGUUCCUGGCUUUGGGCCAUGAGGUCCAAAAGGCAGUGAAAAAGUCUGCACGGCGAGAGCAGCUUCAACGGGAGGAAAUGGAACAACGGCGGUUGAAGAAGGUUUUGGAGCUGCAAUAUUUGUUGGACCAAUUAGGCGAGGACAGCGUGCGACAGGACCUUAAAAGACCCAAUGCCUCUGGUUCAGCUCUGCUCACGGAUGCUGACCUUGCAUCUUUUGAUGAGUUUUAUAAAUUGGUUGGACCUGAUAAGAACUGUGAUGUCAGAUUGACUGACCAGUAUGAGGAGGCUUCCCAGCACUUGUGGUGUCUGCUUGAAGGUCGAGAUAAGCCUGUGGCAGGAACUACAUACAAGUCACUGAGGGACACUCUGGACAAACUACUGAUAAGUGGCUACUUUGAAGGAUCAGAAGCUAAACAGAAUGGGGACUGUGAGACGGAAGAGACACCAGAAGAGACAUCGGAGGAGCAGACAGCUGUGGAAGAAACUGCAGCUACUGAGGAGCAGCCUCCCGAAUCUGGACCAAAAACUGAAAGUUACACAGAGCCUGUACAAGUGGAAACCACAGAGUUUUUUAACAGGCAGUUUGUUCCAGAAACUCCAUACAGUAACACAGACAAAGACCAGGUGGAGGAGUGGACUGUGGAGGCUCAGAUAAAUUCCCUCCAGAACCAUCCCCCUGCACAGCUGGCUUCUGAACCCACCAUUGCUGUCCACCAAGCUGCUCCUUCUGCCACUGACCCCGUAGUCAGAAAGCAGGUUGUGCAAGAUCUCAUGGCUCAAAUGCAAGGGACUUACAACUUUAUGCAGGACUCCAUGUUGGAAUUUGACAACCAGGUUUUGGACCCAGCCAUUGUGUCGGCACAGCCAAUGAAACCUCUGCAGACCGUUGAUCUGCAGCAGAUGGGUGGCCCUACAAUUGCUCACUCAGAACAAAGGCUUCCUCAGACGAAUGCUGUAUCUGGACCACAGGAUUCCUCUCAGACCUCUAUGUCUCUGUCAUCUGACCAGUCUUCUGCCCCAUGUUCCCUGUCUACUGCCUUCCCACCUGUCUCCAAACAUAUCAACUCCGGAGGCAUCAAUGUGAACGCAGCACCUUUCCAGUCAGUGCAAGCGGUAUUUAAUAUGAACGCACCUGUACCUCCACCCACCGAUGUCCAAGCAGAUGCCCUUAAGCAAGCCAGCCAGUUUUCUGGUGGCUAUGGUCAGGGCUUUAACAGCCAAUCAGAGAACACUGUAGAGCAGCCGGAAAUACCACAGGAAAGACUACAGUCAGUUGUUGGUGGAUUCCAGCCUCAAGACCAGGUCAUGCCAUCAGCAGGAGGUCAUGUUGAUCCCUCUGCAGGGUCGGGGUUCGGGCAGUCCAGCCAGUCAUUUUACAGCAGCAGAGGCGUCCCCAGGGGUGGACCCAGGAACAACCGCAGCAUGAUGAAUGGAUAUCGAGGCUCCUCAAAUGGGUUUAGAGGUGGUUAUGAAGGAUACCGCGCUCCGUUCUCAACCGCUCCUUCCUGCAGUGGUUAUGGCCAAACCCAAUUUAACACAUCGCGUGACUAUUCCAGCUACCAAAGGGAGGGAUAUCAGCAAGGCUACAAGCGAGGAACUGCCCAAGGAUCUCGAGGAAUGCCCCGAGCCAAUGCUCAAGCAAUGCGUUCUUAAAGGAUCAUGAUAAUGUCCUAUUGCGCCACGUGGAACAUUCAAGGUUUUGAAUGUGUUAGCCCAAGUUCACUUUUCUAACGUUUAUUUCUGAUGGGUUCUUUUUUUUUUUACUCCCCCACCCCAAAACCACCCCCCUCAUAUUAAUCAGCCUGCUGACAUUUAGAUCCUCUAAAUGUUUUAACAGAACAUACUCAAGUUCACCACAUGUAGGAUUCUCAGAGUCUGUGUCAUGUAUAACUACAAAUAGAUUUUCCUGUAAACUUGAAAGAGUUCAUUAAUUUAUUUUUUUUACAAAGUAAAUGCAAAAAAUUUCCCUGCCACUGUUGAUCGGAGUUCAUAAGAAUGGUUUACUUGUACCCUUUGCUGUUGAAGCUUUCCCUUUUGAUCCUAUGAUUUUCUUAAAAGCGUCAUAUUUUUUUUUUUAACCCACUGUUGUGUUGCGCAGUAAUCCAUUUGUACACUGUUAUUGGUUAAGACUGUUUCAAUAAAGUUGUAUCCUAUGA